UGUGUAGGUCUGAUUAGCGGGUAUCUUAUAGUCGAAAUAUCGACUUCGACGUUCUUACUUGUUUCUGUUUUUGGCGGCGUCUCGUUUUUGUGUUCGUGUUUCGGUGUCGUACGAUUUUUAACCAGUUUGCUUGCCUGCCUCUGUCUGGUUGGGUUUUGUUUUUGUGAUUAUUUUGAGAGUGAGUGCGUGUGUUCGAGCGGCGGUCAUCUUAAGAAAUGAAAAGAGAGCGGAACGCGAGAUCGAAGGAAAGAGAAAGAGUCGUAGCCGUAGCCGUAGCCGGGGAGGGAUGGGAUUUUUGGCAAACGUUGUUUUGAAUGUUUUCACAGAGAUUUUAGCGUUUAUUUUUAAGGCGGGUGCUGUGUCUUGUGGCCGUUUCUGUGAUUAGAUAAUAUUUCCUGAAGAUCCAAAGCUUCCUGCUUAGAUAAUCUAAUUGCCAGGGUCAAGUCUUACCACCAUUUCCCCCCCUCUCCUAACAGUGCAAAGAAAAAAGAGUGCAACAAAACUGAAAAGAAAUACUAAAGAAAAAGCAGAGGAAAACGUUAAACAAUUUAAACAUCAUACCAUGGCCAUAGGGUUACGCUCUAUGGGCACUACAAGUGAUACCAAAGCUACAAGAACAAAACCAACAACUACAACACUCAUCAACAACAGCAACAGUAACAACAACAAGCUCUACAACAAUAGCAACAGCAAGAGACGGGCAGAACAGCUGUUCCGUUGCGCCUGCGCAAACUUCAAUCUGCUGCUGCUAACGUUAAUGCUCGGCCUGGGCAAAUGUUGCACUGCCACGCCCACACCCACAACUGCAGCAGUAGCAGGAGGGCCAACAGCAACAACAACAGCGGCAGCAACAGCAACGGCAACAGCAGCAGCAGCCACAACACACCAACAAUUGCUGGCUCCUGAAGGUGGCGGCUCAUUGAGCAGACUGCUCGAUGGCAAGACCUUCAUCAACAUGAGCUUCAAAUUUCUGAAUGUAUCUGGAAAGAUUGGCACGCCCCUCGGCAUAGGACAAGCUCUGGAGGCCAAGUGCGAUGAGAAGCAGUUCCAGUGCCGGAACGGGGAUUGCAUUCCCAUUCGGUACGUGUGCGAUGGCGACGCCGACUGCAAGGAUCACAGCGAUGAACAGGUCACCGAAUGCAAGUUUUUGGAGGCCACCUGCUCCGCGGACCAAUUCCGUUGCACGAAUGGCAAUUGCAUACCGAAUAAAUGGCGCUGCGACCAGGAGAACGACUGUGCCGAUGGAUCCGAUGAGGCCACAGCAUUGUGCAAGGCACGCACCUGUUCGCCGGAUGAAUACGCCUGCAAGAACGGCGAGGGGCAGUGUGUCCCUUUGGCCUGGAUGUGUGACCAAAGCAAGGACUGCAGCGAUGGCUCCGAUGAGCACAACUGCAACCAAACCUGCCGCUCCGACGAGUUCACCUGCGGCAAUGGGCGGUGCAUCCAGAAGCGAUGGGUGUGCGAUCACGACGACGACUGCGGCGAUGGUUCCGACGAGCGGGAAUGUCCGGUGGUGCCCUGCGACGCUGUGGCCGAGCACACGUGCACCAAUGGGGCAUGCAUCGCCAAGCGGUGGGUGUGCGACGGGGAUCCGGACUGCUCGGAUGCCUCCGAUGAGCGGUCCUGCGCCAAUGUGACCAAGACGACAACCCCCUGCCUGGCCCACGAGUACCAAUGCAAGGAUCGCAUCACCUGCUUGCACCACAGCUGGCUCUGCGACGGCGACCGGGACUGCCCCGAUGGCGACGACGAGCACACGGCCAACUGCAAGAACGUGACCUGUCGCCCGGACCAGUUCCAGUGCGGGGAUCGCAGCUGCAUCGCCGGACACCUCACCUGCAAUGGCGACAAGGAUUGUGCCGACGGCAGCGACGAGAAGGACUGCAGCCUGAGCCUGGGCGCCACGAAGGGCGCCUGCAAUGCCACGAGCGAAUUCGACUGCGGUGGUGGUCAGUGCAUCGCCCUGAGCAAGGUCUGUGACAAGCGGAAGGACUGCCCCGACGGCGAGGACGAGCCGGCCGGCAAGUGUGGCGUGAAUGAAUGCGCCUCCAAGAACGGGGGCUGCAUGCACCACUGUGUGGACCUGGCUGUGGGUCAUCGAUGCGAGUGCCACGAGGGAUACAAAUUAUCCGGGGAUAAGCGGACCUGUGUGGACAUCGACGAGUGCGAGAACCCGGGCACCUGCUCCCAGCUGUGCAUCAACGAGAUCGGAGGAUUCAAGUGCGAAUGCGAGGCGGGAUACAUGCGGGACCCGCGCAACCACACGCGUUGCAAGGCUGGCGAGGGCCACGCCUCUCUGCUGCUGGCGCGGCGUCACGAUAUCCGAAAGAUCGCCCUGGACCACAUGGAGAUGACGUCGAUCGUGAACAGCACCAAGUCGGCCACGGCCCUGGACUUUGUGUUCCGCACGGGGAUGAUCUUCUGGAGCGAUGUGACGACACAGAGCAUCUACAAGGCGCCCAUCGACGAGGGCAACGAGAAGACCGUGGUGCUGAAGCAGUCUUCGGUGACCUCCGACGGACUGGCAGUGGACUGGAUCUACAACCACGUGUACUACACGGACACGCACAAGUGCACCAUCGAGCUGACCAACUUCGACGGCAACAUGGGCAAGGUGCUCAUCGAGGACGCGCUGGACAUACCGCGCUCCAUCGCCCUCGACCCCAUCGAGGGCUGGAUGUACUGGUCCGACUGGGGCGCCUCUCCGCGCAUCGAGCGCGCCGGCAUGGACGGCUCCCACCGCACCACCAUCAUCAGCUACGACGUCAAGUGGCCCAACGGCAUCACCCUGGACCUGGUGCGCAAGCGCAUCUACUGGGUGGACGGCAAGCUGAACGUCAUCUCAUCGGCCAACUACGACGGCUCCCAGCGGCGCCAGAUCCUCUACUCCACCGAGUACCUACGGCAUCCAUUCUCCAUCUCCACCUUCGAGGACUACAUCUACUGGACCGACUGGGACAAGCAGACCGUCUUCAAGGCCAACAAGUUCACGGGCGAGGGCGUGGAGCCCAUCACAGCGGUUCACAUGUUACAACAUCCCAUGGUGAUCCAUGUGUACCAUCCGUAUCGACAGCCCGAUGGCAUCAACCACUGCCAGUCCGUGAAUGGCCACUGCUCCCACCUCUGCCUGCCCGCCCCAAGGAUCAACGAGCGCAGUCCGCGCAUCUCUUGCGCCUGCCCCACGGGACUCAAGCUGAUGGCCGAUGGCCUCAUGUGUGUCGAGGAUCCCCUUUAUGUGGUCGUUACCAAGCCCCCACGAGCCCUAAAAACCAAACCAAAAACGAAAACCUCGGCACGGCGAUUGCCACCGAGGUUUAUUGACAGACAGGCGACGGAUGUGCGAAUCGAGGUUAACGAUGAGCUCAGGCUAAGCACCGAGCUGCCACCUGCGGGCCACGGAAUACCCGUUGCCGAGCAGCGUCCAGUGAAAAACCAAACACAAAUCGAAAAGACCACAGCGCCCAGUCCGCAACCAGAUUCGGGCUUCAUAGCGCUGGUGGUCAUCGCCAGUCUCAGUGGCUUUGCAGUCCUGCUAUCAGUGCUCCUGCUCAUUGGCUAUCGCUACUGCAGCAAGCGACGCAUCAACUCGAUGAACUUUGAGAAUCCCAUUUACCGAAAGACCACGACCACAGAGGAUCAUUUCAGUUUGCGAAAGAAUUUGCCAGCGCGCAUCUACGAUCAUACCAGUGUCAUGGAUGAGGAGUACUCACCCGUUAUAGGCAUAUCCUCGUAUUAGAACGGAGAAUGAUAGAUUUUUCCUUCGUUUGGUUGGUUUUUAAGAUACGACCAAAGCAGACACGAGAAUAAGAAGCGGACCCGCAGAAGACACACGCCUGAAGACUGAGCAACUCUGUGUAUUGUGUAAAUUAAUUAUUUUAACAUUUUAAGGCACGGCAAGGACACGGCGGGUCACUUGGAGGGAGGCGCAUCCUAAGAGGUUGCUGUACAGAAAUACUAUGUCGCAGAGUUCUAUCACAAGAGUAAAACACACACACACACACACACACAGUCUAAAUAAAACACAAAUUGAGAUGUUUAAUAAGAAAUCUAAUUGAUAAUUAUAAAUUACAUAAAUAGUUCCAAACUGUAUAUAGCUGUAAGUGUGCAUUAUUUUUAAAAGAAGCAAACCACUUAAUAUUACUAUAUAUAUAAAUAUACAUUGUGGUCGUAGUGAUCCAUGAUCUAGUACUAUUAGAGCGCGUUGAGAAAUUAUAUUUCUGUGUGUUCGAUGAGCAGAAUCGUUUUAUUAUCACUAUUAUUACUAUUUACGUAUUAACCUUUUGUUAACUGUAUUUGUUAAGUGUACAUACAGAAUACAUACAUAUGUAUAUGUUUCCCCCACUAAAAGAUACAAGAUGAUACAUAAUAAACUCAGACAUACUUAUGU